UUCUCUCUCAGUCUCUUGUAAUCUAAAACCCUUGCUUGAAACUCUUCUCUCUCUGAAACCGAAACCGAAAUCCCAAGUGUACUGCUUUGGGACGACGAUGGAUUUGCUCCGAUCGAACCUCUCUCGGGUUCGGAUCCCCGAACCCACCACCCGCAUCUACAAGCAAGAAUGCUGUUUGUCUUUCGACACUCCCGUGUCAGAAGGUGGAUUGUUCAUCGACAUGUUCACUUUUCUUGCUUUUGGGAAGGACUAUGUGGGUUGGAAUUUUGAAAAGACUGGUAAUCCUGUUUAUCUGCAUGUAAAGAAGACUAAGAAGUUGGUUCCAGAAGAUAGGCCUUCGAAGAAACCCACUCUCUUAGCCAUAGGUGUUGAUGGGGGAUUUGAUAACAAUGAACUUGAAUAUGAAGAAACUCAUAGUGUAGUUAUAUUACCUGACUAUGUAUCUCUUCCAUUUCCUUCGGUGGAAUUGCCUGAGAAGGUAAGGUUGGCUGCUGAUGCUAUUUUACUCGCUGUGGGUGCUGAACGGAGGGAGCAGGUUGCAGCUUGGACUGCUGACAAGAAACGAGUUAGUGCCUUUGCGAUGAAUUUACAGCAGAUUGACAAUGGUGUUGUUAUUCCUCCUUCUGGGUGGAAAUGUUCUGAGUGUGACAAGACAGACAAUCUUUGGUUGAACCUGACUGAUGGAUUGAUCCUUUGUGGGAGGAGCAAUUGGGAUGGAAGUGGGGGAAACAAUCAUGCUAUCGAACAUUAUAAAAAGAAAGGCUACCCUCUUGCUGUAAAGCUUGGGACUGUCACUGCUGAUCUGGAAGCAGCAGAUGUUUUCUCCUAUCCAGAGGAUGACAGUGUCUUGGACCCACUUUUAGCUCAGCAUCUGGCAUUUUUUGGAAUUGAUUUUUCAUCACUAAAAAAGACUGAAAUGACAACAGCUGAAAGAGAACUUGACCAAAAUACCAAUUUUGAUUGGAAUCGAAUCCAAGAAAGUGGACAGGAAGUGGAACCAAUUUUCGGACCUGGAUAUACAGGAUUGGUCAAUCUUGGAAACAGUUGUUACUUGGCAGCAACUAUGCAAGUUGUAUUUUCUACACGUUCCUUCUCUUCCCGGUACUGUAUAAACCAAAGUCUAAAGAAGGCAUUUGAGGCAGCACCUGCUGAUCCAACUGUGGACCUGAAUAUGCAGUUGACAAAAUUGGCACAUGGUUUACUAUCUGGUAAAUAUUCUAUUCCGCCACUUAAGAAUGAAGACAAUGCAAACGUUGCUACCACAACUACAACUGCUGAACAGGAAGGGAUACCCCCACGAAUGUUCAAAGCUUUAAUUGCUGCCAGCCAUCCUGAAUUUUCAUCUACGCGACAACAGGAUGCUUUAGAAUUUUUCCUGCAUUUUCUUGACCAAGUUGAACGAGCUAAUGCUGGGAAAGCUGAACUGGAUCCUGCAAGGAGUUUCAAGUUUGGUAUUGAAGAUCGAAUCUUGUGUUCAUCUGGAAAAGUUGCAUACAAUAGAAGGCAUGACUACAUUCUUUCUUUGAAUAUCCCAUUGCAUGAAGCAACUAACAAAGAAGAAUUAGAAUUGCUUCACAAACUGAAAGCAGAGAAACUUUCUGAAGGAAAGGAAAUGUCUGGUGAUGAGAUUGUACGUCCCAGGGUGCCUUUAGAAGCUUGCCUUGCAAACUUCUCAGCUUCUGAGGAGAUUCAUGAUUUUUACAGCACUGCCUUGAAAACAAAGACAACAGCGAUGAAGACGGCUGGUUUGACAUCAUUCCCCGAUUACCUGGUGUUACACAUGCGGAAAUUUGUUAUGGAGGAAGGAUGGGUCCCCAAAAAGCUUGAUGUGUAUAUAGAUGUUCCUGAUAUCAUAGAUAUUAGUCAUAUGCGCAGCAAAGGUCAUCACCCUGGGGAAGAGCUGUUACCAGAUGGGGUACCCGUUGAGGAGAAUUCGGACAAACCUUUGGCCAAUGAAGACAUUGUCUCACAGCUGGUUUCGAUGGGCUUUAGCCAUAUUCAUUGUCAGAAAGCUGCUAUAAAUACCUCAAAUUCUGGAGUAGAAGAGGCAAUGAAUUGGUUACUAUCUCACAUGGAUGAUCCAGAUAUUGACGCUCCCAUUUCAAACGGGCAAUGCUCUGGAAGUGUUGACCAAUCAAAAGUUGAUACUCUAAUUUCAUUUGGAUUUGAAGAAGAUCUUUGUCGAAAGGCUCUGAAGGCAUCGGGUGGUGACAUUGAGAAAGCAACAGAUUGGAUAUUUAGCAAUCCCGAUGCAUCUAUUUCCAGUAUGGAUGCUACUGCAUCAAACACUACAUCUGUUCCAAAUGAUGCUGGCUUACCUGAUGGAGGAGGAAGAUAUCGACUUAUUGGAAUUGUUAGCCACAUUGGAACCUCGACGCAUUGUGGUCACUAUGUUGCACAUAUCUUAAAAGAUGGUAGAUGGGUUAUGUUUAAUGACAGCAAGGUUGGAGCUUCCAUUAAUCCUCCCAAGGACAUGGGCUAUCUUUAUUUCUUCGAGAGGCUUGAUGGUUGAAUUAGAUACCUCUGCUAAGUGUUGAGAACAUUGUUGAAUAUUUCAAACUGUAAAGAGGAAAAGUGCAACCUAGUUGUGCUGGUAAACAGCCCUCUUUGGCUGCAGUAUUGCAGCUUCCAUCGUCUUGGUAAGCAUGGUAAACAGCCCUCUUUGGCUGCAGUAUUGCAGCUUUUUGUGAGAACAUUAAGACCUUUGAUCUUUUUAUAAAUUUCAA